UUCAAUAUAAAAGGGGUGAAUUAUUUUUCAACCAUCAGAACACAUCAGUGCUUCAAACUAUAUUAAUCAAUUCGUCCUUCAGCGACUUAUACCCUCAGAAAUCAACAAUCAUGAAGUGCAUCGCAGCUGUAGUCAUGAUGGCCCUGGCCGUUGUUGCUGAAGGAAAUCUGCUGUCCUACUCGGUUCCAUUGGCCUACUCCGCACCCCAUACCACUGUUGUCCAGCAGAAUUUGGCCCCUCGGUAUAUCUCCACGGUUCCAGUGACCUCCUAUGCCGCUGCUCCAGUUACCUAUGCUGCUGCUCCAGUCACUUAUGCUGCCGCCCCCGUGGCCUACACCGCUCCUCACACCACCGUUGUCCAGCAGAACGUUGUCCCACGUUAUGUUGCCCCAGUAGCCUAUGCUGCUCCCUCGGUCGUGGCAUACAACUCUGUCGACUCGGAAGUCGUUGAAGCCACCCAUGUGGCCGCUCCAGUAGCCACCGUAGUUGCCCAGCCAGCCGUGGCCGUCAUUGCCCAGAAGGAAGCUCGGUAUGUCGCUGCCAACCGUGGAGCUGUGCAUGAUGCCCCUCUCGCUGGACAUACCGUUUCUCAGCAAUCCCUCAAUCUGGAACCAGCUGCGGGAACCGUUUGAAGUGAUUGAAGUACCUGAUCCUCGAUAAAUGUUUGAUUUUUUUAAGCUGAAUUUGUCCAAUAAAUUUUAUAUCA